AUGGCUAAGAAACGUACCUCGCUUAAAAACAGUCGUCAGGGUGCUAGUACACCGAACGCCAAACACAAACGAACACAGCAGGGAGGAAAAAUGACUUUUAAAAAAGGAGCUCAUAGUCUUAAUCCAGAUCGAAUUGCUACGGGGCCGCAUAUGCGUUCCAGAGCUACGAUCAACCGCUUGAGAAUGUAUAAGAAUUUCAAACCGAUUCGGUAAGG